AUGUUUCGAAAGCUUGGCGAGGAGAAAGAAGUGGCAGAGCUGGCAGAUCGGCUUUCUCUUUCUGCACUUUCUGUCUCGGGCAUCCUGAGAUGCAUUGAGCAAAGUGCCAGCGAAGAUUUGCGGACGGUGGCCGUCGACACGCUGCUGACGCUGAUGAUUGGUGGGUGCGUCUUCACCCGAUGUCCAGCCAGCUUUGUGGUGGAGGCAGGCGCUGUGACGACCUUAUGUGAGCUUGCCAACGAUGCUGAAGAUGCUGCAACCUUGGAGAUUCUGCUGGAGUUGGUUCGCCUGGCUCCCGAGUCUAUGCUGCCAGACAUUGUGGAACAAGGUGCUGUGCAAGCUUGCAUCAAAGUCCUGGAGAGCGGAGGAGCUAGCCCUAUGGAUCAGCUCUCAGCGUUGAACCUCCUCCUGGCAUUGAGCAAGCGAGCACCGGCACCGGUUGCACAAAGCGGCGCCUAUGAAGCGGUGAAGGACAUUAACAACGUCGCGUUGGUUCCACGCAGGAACAAGAUCAUGGGUUUGCUGCGGCCUCUGGUUCAGCACGACGGGGAUGUUCCGCCACUCACGAACAUCAGGACGGGCGGCCUAAGAUUCUGA